GCACGCGAGAGACGGGGCUCGGGAGGGAAGAUGGCAGCGCUGGCGGAGCCUCUGGGGCUGGAGAGGGAUGUGGCCCGAGCGGUGGAACUGCUGGAACGGCUCCAGCGCAGCGGGGAGGUGCCCCCCCAGAAGCUGCAAGCCCUUCAGAGGGUGCUGCAGAGUAAAUUCUGCUCCGCCAUCCGCGAGGUCUAUGAGCAGCUAUAUGACACGCUGGAUAUUACUGGGAGUCCUGAAAUCCGAGCUCACGCCACAGCGAAGGCGACAGUGGCUGCCUUUGCAGCGAGCGAGGGUCACGCGCAUCCACGGGUGGUGGAGCUCCCCAAAACGGACGAAGGCCUGGGCUUCAACAUCAUGGGGGGCAAGGAGCAGAACUCUCCCAUCUAUAUUUCCCGCAUCAUUCCAGGGGGAGUGGCCGACCGCCACGGUGGCCUCAAGCGUGGAGAUCAGUUGCUGUCGGUCAAUGGCGUGAGCGUGGAAGGUGAGCAGCAUGAACGGGCAGUGGAGCUUCUGAAAGCAGCCCAGGGCACUGUGAAGCUGGUUGUGCGCUACACGCCCAAAGUCCUGGAAGAGAUGGAGGCACGGUUUGAGAAGAUGCGGACAGCCCGGCGUCGACAGCAACACAACAGCUACUCAUCCUUGGAAUCGCGAGGAUAAUUUGCACCGUUACCUCGUUGUUGGGGGGCCUGCCUGUGACUCUUCCAGCCUUCCCCUCCCCCCCUCUCCCCCAUGAUGGUUUUAUCUGUAUAGCAGGAGACAUAUAUUUAUCGACCUUCCUCCCCUUUGGUGGGAGGUGGGCUUCUAUGUACAGUAUUUAUUCUCCACAACCCUCUUAUUUAAAGAUGUUCUGUGUGAGUGACUGUGUUUGUGCAAAUCUAUAUUAU